AUGAAAAGCAAAAACACAAAAUGCAUUGGUCCAGGAAAAAAAAGCUUUAAAAAUGACAAAACUUGGGUCAAAUUCAAGCCAAACAACGCUACAAGGGUAUCUACUGAAGACUGCGAGAUUGUAGAUGACCUUCUUAAAGCCUGCAAGAAGGAGCUCUCACCACUCUUGGACUCCUAUGCAAUUGACCAACUCUCUCUUUCCACUACUGAUGGUGGUACUCCUUUACAACCAGACGACCCUAUUCCUGCUCAGAAUACAGCAAAGACUCCUUUAUUCAUCACUGUUGCAGACAGUUCUUUAGGGAGUCGCUCUUUGUCAAAAUCUAGCUUAAAAGCUCCUCAUCCUAAACGAAAAGAAAGAUGGGAACAACUCAAUGAAAUUCUUGAAAAGAACAAAAGGAAAUCCAAGGCGACUGAUUCAACAGCAUAUUCGUAUGUUUCUUGGAAUCAGGUCAAGGAUGUACUACGAACUACUCGUUAUAUCCAAUCUUCAAAGGCUAUUCCAGAUACUCAAUUCAAUAUUCUCACACAGUAUUUGUCGUUUGCCACAAAGUGCUUUGGUUCAGUUAUAUCAUUCAUGGGACCUGAGAGACUUCAUUUGAUUGCACCAAUCAUCAUUUAUGUUCAAAUUGAAGUAGAGGAAGAUUUGAACGGAGAUUUCUUGAAAGCUCAUGGCCAUUUUGAAUUUGUGUUACGUCGUGGGAAGAAAAGAGUUUAUAUUGUCGAAGCAAAGAAGGAAGAUAUGGAUCAGGGAAUGACACAGAAUUUGAUUGGAUGUGAAGUAGCAGCAGAGAUUGGUCACUUGGAUUCAGUCUAUGGAAUUGUUACCAACUACGUGCAGUGGAAUUUCUUGCGUAGUCUUGAUGAAAAGAUUGAGAUGGACGAAUGUUCCAUCAAGUUGUUGCCUGGAGCUACAGCCUGGAUUAGAAGAGUUGCUGCUCUGAAUGAUUCAGAUUUGGAAGAAGAGCUCAAAUUAAUCAACAAGAAUUCACUCAAUGUAUUUGCAAGAGUAAUCAGUCAUACACACCAUCCAGAAUUAGAUUUUCAUACAGAAAUGGAACGUAUGAAGCAUAUCCCCACACCGAUACAAUCAAUUUAUUGGUUUCUAUUGGAGUAUACGCUAUCUGCCAUCAAUUCGGAAACACCAGUCAGUUCUCAUAUAGAUGACAAUACUAGAAUCAAGGUCUUAACCAGACGUAUUACUAUUUACAAGUCUGAAUUACCUGGCAAGAAUCGUACCAGUGGUCCAUAG